UUUUUCUUUCCUUAGCUAUUCCGUUCCUUUCUUCUUCCAUCACUCUCUCUCUCUCUCUCUCUCUCUCUCUCUCUCUCGCAAUGCCUCAUUGAUGACCUGAAGCAAAGGUCAAGCUCGCAAAAACAAUGGCUGCAGGAAUAGCUUCAGUGUUCAAUAAGUUCCUCUCUAUAUUUAUCCUCCUUCUCCACCUUGGUUGCUUUAUUUUCGCAGCCAAAGAUCAUCAACCACCGACCAAGAAACGCAAAGUCUCCUCCACAUCUUCUUCUUCAACUCGCCUAAAGCCUCACAGAGCUCUCUCUUCGUCCUGGACCUAUCUCAAACGCAUCUUCUCCUCAAAGACCUACAAAACCAGCAGCUCACAGGGUCAAUCUCCAGUCCCAACUCUCACCUCAGCAAGAUCAUCCCAGCAGUCUAUAGUCUCCAUGAUCCCACCCGAAGAUCAGUCAUCCGAUAUUCCUCCACGUACAAAGCCAUCCGGGUCUUGCCAAGAAUCAGAUAUCUCAACCGAUGAUCAGUUCUUUCCUUUGCGAAAUGAUAUAUUUCCGUGCACAGCUUGCGGUGAAAUCUUUCAAAAAGCGCAGCUUCUGGAGCAGCAUCAAGCGAUCAAACAUGCGGUGUCAGAGCUUCACGAUGGAGAUUCAGGGAAGAAUAUAGUCCAUAUCAUAUUCAAAACAGGUUGGACUUCUAAAGAAAAGAACCCGGAAAUUCAUAGGAUUUUAAAGAUCCAUAACAGUCCAAAGAUACUAUCGAGAUUUGAAGAGUACAGAGAGGUUGUGAAAGCCAAAGCUGCAAGAAACAGCACCGUAAAGAGAAGAGACGAGAGAUGCAUAGCAGAUGGUAAUGAACUCUUGAGAUUUUACUGUUCGACAUUCAUUUGUGAUUUGGGAGCGAAUGGAAAUUCCAGCAUUUGCAACCAGCAAUACUGCAGCGUUUGUGGGAUAAUAAAAUCGGGCUUCUCACCCAAGAUGGACGGAAUUUCUACACUAUCGAGCAGCUGUAGAGCACACGUGGCGAUCCCUGAAGAGGUGGAAGAAGAGUUCAAGUUUAUGAACGUGAAACGGGCGAUGCUGGUGUGCAGGGUAGUAGCGGGUCGGAUCGGGUGUGAAAUGGAUGAGGAAGUGGAUAAGGAGACUGGAGGGUUUGAUUCUGUCGUGGGGAGGGGUGGCAGUGGGAUCCAUAGCAGGCUGGACGAGGAAGAGUUGCUAGUGUUUAAUCCAAGGGCUGUGCUUCCUUGCUUUGUGAUUGUGUAUACCGUGUGAUGAUCAUGUAAUGUGGGGUUUCUUGUUGUUUUUAAUUAUUAGUUCUUAUUUAACUUUUGAUGUUGGCCCGUCGUGAUGAUAUAGUGAAGCAUGUUGCUGAUGCUUCACAUGGUCUCUGACCAAGAAAAAAUGGUGACAAAUCACAACCCCAAACGUCCACAAUGAUUAGUUGUUUUUUUUUUUGUUGUCUUUUUUUUUUCUUUACCAUGAUGAUGAAGGGCUCAUAAUUAGUGGAAUAUAUAUGUGAUGUAAAUCACUUCUCGGUUAGGAUUUGGAUGAUUAAUAUAGUAUACAUAUGAUACGUUUAGUUGUGUGAAUUUUAAUGAAUUCUCAAGUUUUUUUAGUA